AUGGAGACUCAUCAGUCGUGGAUGGAUACUGGUCUCAGCUCCAGCGUGUUCGUUGUAGCUUUGACCUCUUUUCUGGUCGUUUUCUAUGUGCUGCGGCGGUACAGACUGAAGCAGUCCGUGUUUGUAAACAUUCCGCCGGGUCCAGCACCGCUCCCCAUCGUGGGGAACUUCGGGAGCCUGUUAGUGCCUCCUUUUAUACUCAGACUUUUUGUAAGGAAAGAUGAAGAGUUUGAGAAGAGAAGAGCGAGUCCACUUUCUCCUCAGGUGGGCCUGAUGGAGCUGUCGAAGGUGUACGGUCAGAUGUACAGCCUGUUUGUGGGCAGUCAGCUGGUGGUGGUCCUGAACGGGUACGAGCUGAUCAGGGACGCGCUGUCCAACCAUGCUGAGGUUUUCUCGGACAGACCAGACAUCCCCAUCAUCACCAUCCUGACCAAACGCAAAGGCAUUGUGUUCGCACCAUAUGGGCCCGUCUGGAGAAAGCAGCGCAAGUUCUGCCACACAACUCUGCGAAACUUUGGCCUGGGCAAGUUGAGCCUAGAGCCCUGCAUCCACGAGGGAUUCACCAUGGUCAAGGCAGAGCUGCUAAAGGGGGGACAGGAUGUGAAUCUGACCCCCUUGAUCAGCAAUGCCGUGUCCAAUGUAAUCUCCUCCAUCAGUCUGGGUCAGCGUUUCCAUCACCAGGACGAGGAGUUCCGUACACAGAUCAACCUCAUGUCUCACGGGCUGGAAAUCAGCAUGAACAGCGCGGCCGUGCUCAUCAACGUCUUUCCCUGGCUCUACUACGUACCCUGCGGCGUCUUUAAGCAGCUCCGCCGAGUGGAACGGGACAUCACGGCGUUCCUUAAAAAGAUCAUAGCAAGGCACAGAGCUACGCUGGACCCCGAGAACCCCAGAGAUUUCAUCGACAUGUAUUUGGUGGAGAUGAUGAAACAGCAGAAAACAGCAGGAUUGGAGGAGGGUGAAUUCUCAGAGGAUUACCUGUUCUACAUAAUUGGGGACCUUUUCAUCGCGGGAACGGAUACUACCACAAACAGCAUCCUGUGGAUGGUGCUGUACAUGUGUUUACACCCUGACGUCCAAGAGAAAGUUCAGCGAGAGAUCGAUGCCGUGGUGGGACGGGGGAGACUUCCAUCACUGACUGAUAAAGGCACUCUGCCCUACACCGAGGCCUCCAUCAUGGAGGUGCAGAGAAUGACUGUGGUGGUUCCUCUGUCCAUUCCUCACAUGGCUUCUAAAACCACAGAAUUCCGAGGGUACACUAUUCCUAAGGGCACCGUUAUCCUCCCCAAUCUGUGGUCGGUCCAUCGAGAUCCCACAGUCUGGGAGAAUCCAGAUGAUUUCAAUCCUUCACGGUUUCUGGAUGAACAAGGACAACUCCUCAGAAAGGAAUUCUUCAUUCCAUUUGGAAUUGGUCGGAGGGUGUGUAUGGGAGAACAGUUAGCAAAGAUGGAGCUGUUUUUAAUGUUCAGCAGCCUGAUGCAGGCAUUUCAAUUCCGCCUUCCUGAAGGCCGCCCACCUCCGUCCAUGCUCGGGCGUUUUGGCCUCACGCUCGCCCCCUGUCCUUUUACAGUGAGUGUAACACCACGCUGAGCUGAACCAGUAAG